CAACACGAUCCCGGCAUGGUUCCCUCUCUUAACCUACCGGUAAAAACAUUGGAAGUUCCUUUCACAAUGAUUGUCACUUCCACCCGGCACCCACCAUCCUUAAAACAUCUCCACAAUCAAGCAAUCAUGWUAGAAGCUGCUGCUGCUCAAGCCUAAUGCAACGACCGUAAACAAGACCGUUACUGCGCAUUGCGUUUGCGCCGGAGUGUUAGUGAGUUUAAUUUUUAACGGAAAACUCUACCAUAUUACAUUUCUUGUUUAAAUAUGUAAUUAUUUUUUAAUAGUUUAAUACUCUUUAAAGUGUUAAGUGUUGUGUUAUGUGCCUUAGUAUGUCUUAUUACCAAUUCUCUUAAGGAAUUAUUAAUUAGUGUACUGUACUUUUCCGUAAUCCGUUCACCGUUGUCUUUGCCGCUUACCCAUCUAUAUAUUCAAUAUUGAAAAAUGGAUUGUCAAUCAACAGAUAUAUUUGAAAUUUAUAAGUUUUUCUCGUCAUUGACAGAAAAUGGUAUUACAGAAAUGGAUAAUGGUUUUCAGGUACAAUCAUCAAAACUAGAUGCUAUUUAUAAUGAGUUAUUACAAUCAGCACAGAAUGUGCCUGGAAAAAAUGUAUCCAAAAGACAAUCAAGAACAAAAAAUGAUCAGGUUGGAGAUCUCUUUGCUGCUGAACCAAAUUUUCAACAACCUGCUGUUCCGCCAAUUCGAAGAACUACAAGACAAGCUUCUAUCAUUGCAUCAGAUAAAAUAAAAGGCAUAAGAGAAUCCUCAACCAUCAGCAGCUCUGGACCUUCUACAAGAGCCAGCCGAGCAAGAGCUUUAUCUACUUUUAUGGAUAUAGCUUCUAUUGCUUGUCCAACAGCAAAUUCAACUUUCGUAGUCGAUAAAAAGGUUAUGAGAAACUUUGAAGAACCUGUAUCUCCUGGGAUGUUUUCUCCUGAUAUUAGAACCCACAUAAAGGAAGCUAAUGCCAAUAAAACUUAUGAUUUGACUAAAAGAUUGUCUGCAAGAAAUCCAACAAAAAAAUUAGGAAUAAUUGUUGAUUUACCUGAAGAAUCUCCAAUUAGUACUGAAAAUUUUAAUUCUAAACAAUCUGAAACAUUAGUCAAAAUUAACUCUAAGAAAAAAAGUUUUGAGUCUCAAAUUAAGAAUAAAAAGCGUGAAAAAUUAGAAGAUAUCGAUGUUAAUGUAGAGGAAAAAUCGCUUAUGACCAGAACAAUGAAAAGAAAACUUCAAGAAGAAAAUAAUAUUGACGCAAAAAAAACUAAUGUAUUAUAUGUGCCAUUAGAAAAACAAAUAUCAACGCCAGGAAAAUUAUUAGAAGAUCUUCAAACACAAACUCCUCAUCAAAUCAGAGAAAAUGAAGCUGAAAAAAGAAAAGAAUUAUAUCUUAAAUCCAAAGCUGAUCAAAGAAAAUUUGAUGAUCAACAUUUAAGAGCUGCUAAACAAAGAGAAGAACAAAUGAAACGCGCUGAAGAAAGAAUUAAAAAAGCUGCUGAAGAGAAGAAGAAAAAAGAAGAAAAACAAAAAGAAAAAGAAACAAUGAUGAAAGAAGAAGCAUUAAAGAAACAAAAGCUUGCUGAACUUCGAUUAGCUGAGAUUAAUGCUAAGCGUAAACUAGCUGAAGAAGCAAAACAUUUAAAAAUACAAAAACUUGAAAUGAAUCGCAUUUUGAAAGAAAAUGAAUUAAAAAAGAAAAAUGAAACAAAACCAGAAAAAAGUAAAUCAGUAAUUCGUCCUAAAGCAUUAACUUCAAAUAUAACUACUUCAUCAGCCACAAAAUCAGCAACAUUACCAAAAUCAAAAAUUGAUAACAAAAAUGAUUAUGGGUUAAAUGACGUUUCUGCUCGUGAUUCUUCUGAAGAUGAAUCUGGACCCAAAAAACCUGUUCCAAACUGGGCAAAACGAGAAAAUAGAAAAGCUGUACUUGAACUUCAAUAUCAUGUCGAUUCUAAAGAAAGGGACUUAUUUUUUAACUGUCCAAAAAGUAUGAGUCUUAAAGAAAUGUUCAAAGGCUGGAAUAUUCGUGAUAAACAACGUACAUCGAGUGCUGUUUGGAAUACACCUCCUCGUUAUAGUGAAUAUAUUCGCAAAUAUUAAUUUACUUGUAUUAAUUGAGUAAGAUAAGAUUUUUGGAAGAUUUUUUUUUUUAAAUAUUAAUUUUUUUGUUUUUGUAAUUAUUAUUACUUGUAUUAAAAUGUAUUA